GAUUAAAAAUCGAUCUGACACAGUAAAGCUGAAUGCUCUGAUCUAUAUAUAUAUAUAUAUAUAUAUGUACAGGGCAUGUCGUCGAAACACUUCUUCUUUGUCGUUUGCAAAACAAAGAACUUUCCCCUCGUUUAUCAAUUCCUUAUUCUCUGCUUAAGUAGGGUAUACCAAAAAACCCUAUGGCUGCAGUGGUAGGAGAAGCUUUACUCUCUGCUUUCGUUGAGGUGUUGUUUGACAGGAUGACUUCCAAGGAUGUCCUUAACCUCAUCUGGAGAAAGAAACUCAACAACGGACUGCUCGAGAAGUUGAAGAUUAAGUUGCUGUCAGCUGAGUCGGUGCUGAAUGAUGCCGAGGAGAAGCAAAUAAAAAACCAAGCUGUGAGGAAGUGGCUUGCUAUGCUCAAGGAAGUAAUCGAUGAUGCAGAUGACUUGGUGGAUGAGAUCAAUGUUGAAGCUUUGCGAUACGAGAUUGAAGGUGGAUCUGGAAGCACCUCACAUCGGGUACUCAAUUUCAUCACAACUCCAUUUACUGCAUUUAACAAACAGGAAGUAGAGUCGAAGAUAGAGGAAAUCCUUGAUAGAUUGGAAUUCAUAUUGCAAGAAAAGGAUUUAAUUGGCCUCAAAGAAGGUGUGCUAAAAACACCUUCACAAACAACACCUUCAACUUCUUUAGUAGAAGAAUCUGCUGUGUAUGGAAGGGAUGGUGACAAAAAGGUCAUCCUUGAUUUGUUGCUAUCAGAUGAAGUUGAUGGGAAUAAGAUCACUGUGAUUCCCAUAGUGGGUAUGGGCGGUAUUGGCAAGACCACCCUUGCUCAGCGCAUUUACAAUGAUGAUAAUGUAAAGAAACAUUUUGAGAAGAAAGCAUGGGUAAGUGUCUCAGGUGAUUUUGAUGUUUUUAGAAUCACAAAAGUAAUUUUUGAGUCGGUCACAUCUACAAACUGUGGUAUAACUGACUGGAAUCUACUUCAAGAGAAGUUAAAGAAAGAGUUGGCAGGAAAGAAAUUUUUCUUUGUUUUAGAUGAUGUUUGGAAUGGGGAUUAUAUGGAGUGGGAUAAAUUGAAAAGUCCUUUUGAAGUUGGAGCAUGUGGGAGCAAAAUUAUUGUGACUACACGCAGUGAAAAAAUUGCAAAUAUGAUGGGAGAUGUUCCGAGUUAUAGGCUACAGAUGAUGUCAGAAGAUGAUGGUUGGUCGUUAUUCGUUAAACAUGCCUUUGGUAAUAGAGAGCUAGGUGCACGUCCUGAUUUGGAAGAGAUUGGUAGACUUAUUGUUAGAAAGUGUGCAGGUAUACCAUUAGCAGUAAGAGCACUUGGUGGUUUCUUGCGUUCUGAACAAAAUCCACAAGAAUGGAAAAAGAUUCUAAACAAUGACGUAUGGGAUUCAUCUGGGAAAGAACAUAUUCUUCCAGCCCUUUGGUUGAGCUAUUAUUAUUUACCUCCGCAUCUUAAAAGAUGUUUUGCCUACUGCUCAAUAUUUCCAAAGGGUUACGUAUUGAACAAACAAAAACUAAUUUUAUUAUGGAUGGGAGAGAAUCUUUUGGAGACCCAUAAAAGUAAGACCGCAGAAGAAGUUGGAGAGGAGUACUUCAACGAUUUGUUAUCAAGAUCAUUGUUCCAGUUCGACUACCAUCUCGAGGAGCAUUGUAAUGUUACAAUGCAUGACCUUGUAUAUGACUUGGCUAAGUGUGUGUCAGGUGAAUCUUAUUUUAGCUUAGAUGACAAUGUAUCAGAAGUUGCAAGCAAGCAGAGUACUCGUCAUUUGUCAUAUUUGCAAUGCAAAUCCAACUAUAUCAAGAAUUUAGAGGAUUUUUGCAAUACAAAGACGUUGCGCACUCUGCUGCUCAGGAAUAUGCUGACUUGGCCAUUUGUAGACAAGAACUUGACGCAUCUUCUUGAACAGUUGCCGUCAAUGCGAUACUUGAGGGUGCUCGAUGUAGAUGGAGGUUUCUUAAGGGAGGAAAGUCCUCUCAUGACAAAGGCGCUCAACUCAACUGCCAAUUUGAAGCUGUUACGAUAUCUGAAGUUCGAUGGUGCUGGAAUUAAAGAAAUACCUGAUUCAAUUUGUACUUUGUACAAUUUACAGACAUUAAUACUAAGAGAAGAUGGCAUUACUAGGUUGCCAGAUUCAAUUGGAAAUUUGAAACAUCUAUGGUAUUUGGACUUAAGUCGGUCUCCGAUUGAAAAGAUACCAGAUUCAAUUGGCAAUUUGGAACAUUUAAGGCAUUUGGACUUAAGUUGGUCUCGGAUUGAAAAGAUACCCGAUACAAUAUGUAAUUUGCACGAGUUGCAAACAUUGAAGUUGUACAGUUGUUAUAAACUUAAACGUUUGCCAAAUGGCAUCACAACGCUAAUCAACUUGCACCAUCUUGGUAUUUCCUACGAUAAAGAUCUCUUCCGCUGUAUGUUUCGCAGGACAGGAUUGAUAGAGAUGCCACCCCAAAUGUGCAAGUUGAAAAAUCUGCAAAUAUUACCAGUGUUUGUCGUAGGAAAAGACAGCGGAGCCAAUAUUAAAGAGCUGGGUGAGCUUCGACAUCUGCAGGGACGUGAUUUUCUUAUCAAAGGACUUGAGAAUGUAAUAAAUGAGGAAGAUGCUUCGGGGGCCAAAUUGAAGGAUAAGAAGAGUAUUACUCAACUGGAUUUGGUGUGGACGGGUGAUAGUGAAGAUUCACAGCUAGCACGAGAGGUUUUGGACAGACUCCAACCGCAUACAAAUCUGGAAGUAUUAUAUAUUCGCAAAUAUGGAGGUACAAGCUUCCCACGUUGGGUUGGACACCAUUCAUUUUCUUGUAUAAGAUCUGUAACGCUGUUAGAUUGUAAAAACUGUUGUUGGUUGCCUGCAAUGGGACAGCUACCUUCCUUGGAAUCCCUCGUCAUUGAUAAAUUUACUAUGUUGGAGAAGAUAGGCAAUGAAUUUUACAGUGAUAGUGAUGGUUCUUCUUCUUCUGCGAUUACUAAACCAUUCAGGUCGUUAAAAUGCUUGGUAUUUUCAGAUAUGGCAGAGUGGAGGGAGUGGUCAGUGGUGGAAGUUGAAGGUAACAGAGAAGGAGGUCGUGGAGUUUUCUCAAACCUUAAGACACUUCAGUUGUGUAACUGUCCGAAGCUAAAAAGGGAGUGCUUACCUGAUUAUCUUCCAUCUUUGGAAACUCUUUCGAUACGGAAAAGUCACCACCUGGCGGCCUCACUCUCAGGGCAUCAAUACCCAUCGCUCCGUGUAUUGACAAUAUGUAAGUGUCGAAAAAUGAAGACAUUCCCAGAAGGGAGGUUGCCCUCCGAUAUACAGUCAAUUGAAAUUCUGGAAUGCAAUGAACUGGCGUCACUUUCGGAAGAGGGAUGGCCUUCCAAUUUAAAAUCACUUAAAAUUGACCGUUGUUCGAAGCUCUUCGUACGGAGCAACAUCACUCAGUGGAAUCUAGGAAUGCUCACCUCUCUUACAUCCUUACAUAUCACACACGUAGAUGAAGAAGUGGAUACAUUUCCGGAAAAGGAAGGCCAGCUUCCCACCUCUCUCACUUCUCUUCACCUAUUUAAUAUUCCAUUCCUUAAGUCCCUACAUGGAAAGGCCUUCCAACAACUCACUUCCCUUCGAAACUUGUCGAUUGAAUGGUGCAACCAUCUCCAGUACUUGCCAGAAGAAGGACUGCCCGCAUCUAUUUCUGAGUUGAGGAUCAUAUAUUGUCCAGUCCUAAUGCCACGGUGCGAGAGAGAAACAGGGGAGGAUUGGCCCAAAAUCCAUCACAUCCCAAACAUAAGCAUACUUUGAUUAGCCAUAUGGUUACAAUCAUGUCCUAUAUAUGUCCACACAUUUCAGUCAUCACUUAUUUCGUGCAAUUGGCCAAAACCUGGAGCUAUUUCCACAAUGGGAUAAGGGAUUUCGUUCUAAGUUUCUAUGUUCUAAAUUUUCUUCCUUCCUGCUAUCACCUGCAAUGCUUGCCAUAAGAAGAGGGUCUUCCCACUUCUCUUUCUUUUUUUCUUUCUUUUUAUUUUUAACUACAACUCACAUGAUCAAAACAUGCUUCUGAUAUAAAGGUCUUCUACUUGGAUUUUCCAAUUCAAACUAUUUUCUAUUUGUAGCUUUUAUUUUUCAACCUGUCAUAUAAUAUACAUGUUCUCGCUUCUAUUUUGCUUUAACAUACAUGUAGUUAUACCUAAUUUAAUGUUCAAUACUCAUCUUAAAUGAAGUCCAUUUCCUGUAAUAUAUCCCCUCCUAUCUGCCCCUAACGUCCUGGAUAGAAGAAAUAGAAAAUGUGCUAUAAUUUUGGAAGCAAACUGUUGUCAUUCACAGAAGCUGAUUCAAAAACCUUACUCUUUGUGGUUUUGAAACACAGUUCUAGCUCUUCUUCACCAUUUCUGUCUUCAGCUUCAACCCAAGAGAGGGGAUUUUUCUGUAGGAAAUUACAGGAUAUUUUAAUGCAUAUGACACAGCAGGGGUACUGCCAAGUGUCACACAGCAUUGGCUAUAAUUUCCUGACGAGUCCUCUUUUGGACUGAACUGUUUGGUCAUCUACCUGUAUCAUUAUGGCUGAUAUCAACAACUGGUGGAACCUUGACUUACAGGUUGUCAGUGGCUGGUGGCCUCAUUUACAAGUAGUCGAUAUGUGGAAAAUGCAUUUCCAUCUAUUAGGAAUUUGAAGAUAACAGAUUGCGGAAAAAUGAGUCCAUUGGUGAAGUUGGGUUUGCCUGUAAUUUGGAUUCACUUGAAAUAACCUAGUGCAAAAUGCUCUCCGCAAACUGUUUCGACUGGGGUCUACAAACGCUCAGUUUUGCUCAUAUACAUAUGCAUAUGUUAAUGUGAAGAUUUGUUGGAUUCAUUUUCAGAGGAAGGUCCACUUCCCCACUUCCUGGUUGAACUCUGCCUAUACUGUCUUCCAAAUCUUAAAUCCUUCAGCAGAAAGGGCUUUUGACAUCUUGCCUCCUUCCCUCAUGGAGUUAUAUCUAUUUCUUACCAUGAUGAGUUGCUGUGUUUCUUACUUGAAAAUCUAUGGAUGUCUUUGCUAAACCAAUGGUGGCCGGGAGGAAAGGGUUAGUAUUGGCCGAAGGUCUUUCCCUUAUGUUAGAUGGAUGGUGAACUGAGAUGAAGUCAUUGAGCAGAUUUGUCCCUGCUUUCCAUGCAAUCUAGUUUUUUGUUUGUUACUUGCGUUUUCAAAAGUGACUGACUGACAUUUUCUGGAAAAAAGUCAUUGACUAGGAGACUUUUUACAGUAGAUAUCAAUUAUACAAGUUGUUGUUUCACCAGCCUCUCAGGAAAUGCUUAUAAUUUCAGAUUACUUAUUUCCCUCAAUGGGCCAAAACCUGGAGCUAUUUCAACAAGUGGGAUAAGGGAUUUUCUUUUGAGUUUCUACAUUUCAAAACAUCGUUCUUCCCACUAUCACCUGCGAUGCUUUGCCAAAAGAAGAAGGAUAUCAACAGUUGGUGGCCUUAUUUACAAGAUGUCUGCAUUUUCAUCUCUUAGGAAUUCGAAGACAACAGGUUUCCCAAGAAGUUUAGUCCAAUGGGGAAAUUGGAUUUUCCUGUCAUUUGUGUUCACUUGAAAUUACCAGCUGCAAAUCGCUUUUUGCAAACUGCUUUCACUGGGGUCUCCAAACAAUAAAUUUUGCUCAUAUACUAUGCAAAUGUAAACGUAAAGAUGUUUUGGAUUUGUUCUUAGAGGAUGGUCUGCUUCGAGCUUAUGUGGUUGAACUCUUGCUAUACCAUUUUCGAAACCUUAAUCCUUAGGCAGAAAGGUUUUCAACAUCUUAAGAGUUGUCCAUUUCUUACUGUGAUAAGUUGCAGUGCUUGCCAGAAGAAGGGAUGCCCACUUGUAUUUCUUAUUUGAAAAUCUAUGGAUGUCCUUUGCCAAACCAAUGGUGGCAAUGCAGCGAGAAAAGGGGUAGUAUUUGCCCAAGGUUUUUCCCUUAUUUUAAGAUUGUUGAUGAGGUGAUAUGAAGUGCAUUGAGCAGAUUUGUCUAUUCCUACUAGCCAUAAGAUCACAUUUUCAGUUUGUGAUUUCUGUUUCCAAAAGUGACUGGAUCAAAAUUUUUUUUCUAUUUAUUUAUUUUUUUUACUGUAAGUAUUACUUGUACAAGUUGUUGUUUCACUUGCCUCUCAGGAAAUGCUUUUAUUUAUUUAUUUUUUUAAUUUAUAUUGAUUCACAAGUCA